ACAUCAUUAGAUCUAGGCUAACAUUUAUCAAGGAACUGAACCGGCGGAAGUGAAAUAAACUUGCAUCAGAAACAUGGCUGGAGAAAACGAAACGACAAAUCAAAAUCAAGUUUCUAACAGACAACCCCACUUGUCUAAACAAGAUAUAACCACUCUUGACAUAAAAUCAUUGACACCACUUUCACCUGAUGUUAUUAGUCGACAGGCAACUAUAAAUAUUGGUACCAUUGGGCAUGUAGCUCAUGGGAAAUCCACAGUGGUAAAAGCCAUCUCAGGAGUUCAGACUGUUAGAUUUAAAAAUGAACUUGAGAGGAACAUUACCAUCAAAUUAGGAUAUGCUAAUGCUAAGAUAUAUCAGUGUGAUAAUGAAUCCUGUCCUAGGCCAGACUGCUAUAGAUCAUGUGGCAGUGCUAAAGACGAUUCCUUUGUCUGUGACAGGUCUGGCUGUGGAGGAAGGUUCAGACUGAAAAGGCAUGUUUCUUUUGUGGACUGUCCUGGCCACGAUAUUCUUAUGGCUACUAUGUUAAACGGAGCUGCAGUUAUGGAUGCUGCACUACUUAUGAUUGCUGGAAAUGAGUCUUGUCCACAGCCACAAACAUCAGAACAUUUAGCAGCUGUAGAAAUCAUGAAGCUGAAACAUAUACUAAUCCUACAAAAUAAAAUUGAUCUUGUAAAUGAAUCACAUGCCAAAGAGCAGUAUGAACAUAUUCAAGCAUUUGUUAAAGGAACUGUGGCCGAAGGGGCUCCAGUGGUUCCAGUAUCAGCACAGCUCAAGUAUAACAUUGAUGUAAUAUGUGAAUACAUCAUCAAAAGGAUCCCCGUGCCUGUCAGAGAUUUCCUUUCAGAGCCCAGGCUUAUUGUAAUUCGAUCCUUUGAUGUGAACAAACCUGGAUGUGAAGUUGACGAUAUACUGGGUGGUGUUGCUGGUGGUUCAAUCCUCAGAGGAGUCCUCAAGGUAAACCAAGAGAUAGAAGUAAGGCCUGGAGUAGUGUCAAGAGAUCAGGAUGGCAAGCUAACAUGCCGGCCAAUUCUUUCAAAAAUUAUAUCACUCUAUGCUGAACAGAAUGAUUUACAGUAUGCAGUACCUGGUGGUUUGAUAGGUGUUGGUACAAAAAUGGACCCGACUUUAUGCAGAGGAGAUCGCUUGGUAGGUCAAGUACUGGGUGCAGUUGGUGCACUGCCUGACAUCUUUACAGAGCUGGAGAUUUCCUUCUUCCUCCUUAGAAGAUUGCUUGGAGUCAAGACAGAGGGGGAUAAGAAGGCUGCUAAGGUACAAAAACUGAGUAAAAAUGAGAUAUUGAUGGUCAACAUUGGCUCGUUGUCUACUGGAGGUCGAGUGUUAGCUGUUCGUGCUGAUUUAGCAAAAAUUGGUUUAACAUCACCUGUGUGCACUGAGGUCGGGGAGAAAAUUGCCCUAAGCAGACGUAUAGAGAAGCACUGGAGGCUGAUUGGCUGGGGUCAGAUUAGAAGAGGUGUUAAGAUUACACCUGAAUCCUAGUCAGCUGACCAGCGACUCCCACAUAACCUGAUACACAUUGUCCUGUAUACAUAAGGGCUGUUCAUGUGCUGAGCCAAUUUUUUUCUUCUCUAACUCCAUCAGCUUGUGUGCUGGAGAAUUUUAGUUUGGUUUCAGAUAAAUAAAAUCUUGACAACUGUA